UAAUCAGCUAAGCAGGUGACCUGCGGAUCAGACAGAAUAAAGAAAAAUCUGCUUCUGGUGACUUUAAUGAUGGAAAACGGAGAGGGUCCCAGUGAUAUAAUCUGCAAUUCAUGUGGGGAGGCCUUUAAACUUCCUGAUGUUUCAGAUGAAAAAGCUGAUGAAAACCUGCCCCGUAUGCUUUUAUGCGGCCACAUCUUCUGCACCAACUGCCUGGUGUCCAUACAGCAUGAAGGGGUCAUAAUAUGUCCGGAUUGUGAGAUUAAGUCAACACUUCCAGAAGGAGGUGUUUAUGGUCUCCAGGAAGACAGCAGAAUCAUCGGCCUGAUUUACACCGCAAGGGUGAACCAGAUGAGAAGAUCAAAGGGGAAACGAAAGAAGAGAUUACCCCAAUUUAGCACUGAUCUUGUUGAGGAGCUUGCAGACAUUGAGAAGAUUGAGAAGACAAUUGAUGAGUCAUUGUACCAGGCUGAAUACAAUCUUGCGCAGCUGGAAGACAUCAAUGAGACCUUGAAGGCUGCUCUGUCGGAGCAGGUGAAGAAAGAGAAAAUCCGAGUGAAGAUCGAGAUCAUGCAGGCUUCUAAUAAAGCUAAACAUGCUGUUCAGAAAUGGAAGGAAAUGCAGUUGAAUCGGCUAGCAAACCUAGAAGCACAGUGUCCGUGCUGCCAAGCAGUGGUGUCUGAUGUCCAGGAAAGGAUUAAAGUCUUGGCGAAUGCCAUGCAGAUGGCCAGAGAAGUACGCCGGGCCCCCAUCUUGGAGCAGUACUUCUUCCUGGAUAAGUUGCUAGAAACACUGCAGACACCGGUGGAUCAGGAGGCCUUUGAAUUGCAAUGCAUCAAUGAGGGCCCUUCAGUAAGCUACGUUUUUCAGUCUGAGAAUCUGAGCAACUGUUUGAAGUUGUCAAUAAAAAUGGAGUCCAACAGCUCAAACACUGUAAGCACGCGCCCACUGGAAAACCACCAGUCAGACAUCCCCAUCAAAAACUCUUCAUUGGAACCCGGCAAGGACCAAAACGGCUGUUCCAGUUCACCCAGUAGAAAGCUUCCCCUUCACGAAAACUGCAAACCAAACAGCAUCUUGACUGAUGCCUCCUCAACUCAAAGCUCCCAUCAAGAGCAAAAAUCUGCCCCCAAAAUCAGCCUCUCACAAUACAGCUCCUUCUCAGACCUUUCAAACGAGGAUGUUAUUGUUGAAGAUGUCUUGGGUGAUUACUCUGAGUCAGUUACUCCAACUGGUCCUUCAAUGGCCAGCAUUUACUGGAGAUCCAUAUGGAAACAAAAAAAUGACCUUAGUCGCAACAAGGUUACUCAGUGGGUGGUGGUGAGCCAUGUUGUGAAUCCAAGUUACUUCUAUGUCCGCCCUGUGGUUGAGAGGAAGGAAAGUAAGAUUCUUUCACAGAGGAUAAAGGAACUCUGCUGUGGGGACGGCUGCCUCUUUACACUGAAAGACAUCAUAGAGAAAGGCUCCAUUGUCUUUAUGAAAGGAAGGGAUGGGCAAUGGUGCCGUGGCAGGGUGGUUGAAGUCUUUCAGAAUACUUGUGAAAAGUCUCUGAAGGUCUCCCGGGUCUCCCAGCUCUCCGGUUUGCGAGUCUUCCUCCUAGACUACGGGGCCAUCAAAUACAUCCCAAUCAAAGAUCAGGGGAGGACGGAUGAGUCCACUCUAAACUAUGUGAACUGUGUUCUGAGGAAAGUGGAUGAACACUUAAAUGAAGAGCUGAGCCACAUUCCUCCUCUGGCCAUAAGGUGUUCACUGAAGGACCUGGUCCCAUAUAACCUAGCAGCGGGCUGGAGUAAAGAGGCAAAGACCAAAUUCUGCUCUGUGGUCGGUUCUGCUGCGGUGGAGAUGCGACCUUUGGGGAAGGACAGAGUCUCUUUGUUGGUGGAUCUAAGAAAAGCUCCCAUGGAUCAACCCACUGAUGUGUCCAUCUCUGUCAGGGAGUACCUCGUUUUCAUCGAGGUGGCCAGGUUCUAUUCUCCAGUCAUACUGGGCAUGAGAUCUCUCAUGUAUUAUCCUCCUGUGUAUCCAAAAGCCAACACUGAGUUUGAUGCAGUUGUGUGUCACAUCAACAACGCCUCUGACUUCUACAUCCAGCUGGUUGACAGCAUGGAGUCCUUGUUGCUCACUGCCAAACUUCAGGAUUGCUACAACUCACUGAAAGAAGAUGAACUCAGGAUCUACUGCCCUGAGAUGGGAGAGGCUUGUGUUGCCUGCUUCCAAGACAACAUGUGGUACAGAGCUCAAAUUGAGGGUCAUCCCAGGGGCCAACAGGUGGAGGUGCGAUACGUUGACUUUGGCAAUAAGGAAGUGUUGUCAGUCAGUGACCUGAGGAAGAUCAAAGAUGAGUUCUUUGUGCUUCCUGCUAUGGCACUCCAUUGCUGUCUUGCAGAUGUGGUUCCUUCGGACGGGAAGAGCUGGAGUGAAGCCAGCACCUUAAGAUUCGCCAACCUUGCUCACCAGAAACUGGUCACAGUGGUGGCAGCAGAAGUUCCUCAGGCGGGUCCAUUGCCGCUCAGUAUGUUUGUAGGAGGUGUGAACGAGCCAAAAUCCAACAUAGCUGAACUGCUGGUUCUGGAGGAUUUGGCCCUCUUCAAAAAUCGCAGACCGAAUGUCAAAAAGGAGAAUCCCUCUGGUGUUGAUUCCGCUUUAUGGGAUCCACCGCUUGAGCUUUGUUCAGUCGCAGAUAAAGCUGAUGCUCCAGAUCAAAAAACUGAAGAGAAGGAGAAAAGUAAGGCACCUCUGGAGCUGCAGCCCAAAUCCAAGCAACAUGAGCAGCAUAAAGACCUCAAAGUCAGAGUCACUCAUGUCAACUCGCCAAGCAGCUUCUACGUCCGACUCACCGAUUCUGACUCUGAGCUUCAAAGGGUAUGUGAACUGGUGGAGCAGGAGUGCGCCCAAAAGGAGCUGCAGGAUGUGGAGUGGAAGGCAGAUAUGCACUGUGCUGCCAACAUCAACGGAGUCUGGGAGAGAGGACAGAUGUGCUGCGACGUCACUUCAAACACUGCAGAAGUAAGACUGUGUGACCAUGGAAACAUCAUGAAGAUCCAUGUCAGCAACCUGCGCCCUCUUCCACCCUCUUUGAUCGGCUCCCUGGUGCUGGAGUGCACGCUCAGUGAUAUCAGACCAACAGGAGGCCAAUCAACCUGGACUAAAACGGCCUGCGAUGUGUUCUCCACCUACCUGGCAGGAACUGUGGCUACUAUGACAAUCAAGGAGGUGAAGGAUGGGCCUCCGUUCUCUGUCGAGCUGCACUGCUCCAAUAGAACUGGAAAAUCUAUCAGCAUUGCCGACUUCCUGGUCAGCGAAGGCCUCGCCAUGAAAGAAAGAAAGCCAAGGGUUGCAGUGCAGGAAAAACCAAAAGAAACUGAUGCCAGAACACCAGCCAGUGACCCAAAAACUGAGAAAAAGGAAGAAAACAACUCUCCUCCUCCAUCUGGUUCCCAUCUUUCUACAUUUAUCCCCUUCAGGCCUGCAAAGCUGCUCCAAAGCUUCAAUAUAUCCACAGAAAAGGUGAAGACCUCAGUGUAUAACCCUCCGGAGCUGCCGCGUCCGGGUCACAUCCUCGUCAGCAUUUCUGCUGUUGGAGACGAUGGUCUAAUAUAUGCCAGGACACAGAACGCAGAGAAUCAGCUCAAACAACUUAGGGAUGGAAUUCAGAAGAGCAUCAAGACUUUGCCCAAGCAGAAGUCAUACACCUGGAAAUCAGUGAAGGGCUGUGCUGUCUUUGGAUCUGACAUGCUGUGGUACAGAGGACAGCUGCUGGAGCUGCUGGGAGGACACGUUAAGGUCCAGUAUGUCGACUCCGGUGCUGUGGAGAACAUCCCAGUGGUGCAUGUGUAUCCCAUGCUGCUGUGUGUGGAGGUUCCUCAGCUCUGCGUGCCCUGUCAGCUCCUGGGCACCAAUCCUGUUGGUGGUAAAUGGCACCACGAUGGAGUAGCCUUGAUGAAGGAGGUGUUGCUAAACCGCACUGUGGACCUGCAAGUUGUGGAGCUGCCUGCUGACCCCCGUGGGCCCGUCACAGUGGAGAUCUUCGUGGACGGGAUGAGUCUCAGCAGGAUUCUGUGUCACCACCAACACGCCUCCAUAGACUGGACUCUUUCAACUCAAAAGGGUGUUUCACCGGUGCCUCCUGCCCCCAUCCUGGAUGAAUGGGAUUUCAGCACUGAGGGUCUGGUGGAUCUUGACGAGCCGGUGUUGGGAUCCUUUGUGAACCCAGACCUGCCGCUGAAGGGAGAACGAUUUAGAGUCAGAGUCACUCAUCUAUUGACCCCCAAUGAGCUGUUCCUGCGGCCUGUGAAGGAAACAGAAGAUCCUGAUAUUGGAGAAACUCUUGAUGAAGUUUUGUUGAGAAUCAAUGCAAACAUCAGCUCUCUGCAAGACAUGAACAGCUUUCAGAGUGGUGCUCCAUGUUUGGCAGAGUACAGUGAUGGCAGGUUCUACCGCGCCAGGCUGAUGACGUUUACCAGCAUUGAGCCGCUCACAGUUAGUGUUCAGCACGUCGAUUACGGCUCGGAUGAUUCUCUGCCAAUCAGCAAGCUGCGACAGAUGCCCGCCGAGCUGCUGCAGUUCCCAACACAAGUAAUAAAAGUUAAAGUCGCCGGCUUCAAAGCUCCAAGUGUCAAACAGAGCGAGGAAGUCCUUCCGUACUCCCCGGAAUGGAGUGUGAAGGCUGCCAUAGAGAUGACAGAUCUGCUGCACGGCAACCUCAUAGCAACCGUUGUUUCGGAGGAGCCGGAGCUCACAGUGCUGCUGAACAACCAGGAAGGAGGCUUGGUCCAUCUGCCGCUGGUGAACAGCGGACUGGCUGAACUUUGCUGAAACUAGAAACCCAGCUCUGGGUUUGAGCCACUUUUGGAAACCAGUUGAAUAUUUCUACAUUUUUUUUUUUUUACUGUUUAUCUCGUUUGAUCUCCAGGUGUCCAUCAUUAUGGGAUUCAAGUUCUGCUCUUAGUUUUCACUUUAAAAAAAGAGAGUUGGAAAACAGUGAUUUGAUUUGUUUGGCUCUAGUUAAAGAUUUCUAUGUGAAAUUUUCUGUUUGGUUUUUUUACACAUUAAAGUUCUCAAAUACCAUCAGAUGUUUG